AUGUUACUGCCCAUUGAAAAAAUAUCCUUUCAUUAUUUUCCUUCAGCUUCUCACUCACAGUCAACGCCUGCAUUCUUCAUGGCGAUGAUCCAACAACAACAUCCCCGAGCCAAAACCCUUUGUUAAUUUUCUACAAAUACACCGUUGGGUUCCGUAAUCCAAACAGAAAUCACCAAAAUGAUCAAAUCCAUUUUCCCCAUCCCCACCACCACAACCCAAAUUCCCUCAACCAAGACCAUCCUCUCAGCCGCCGCCUCUGUCGCUGCUACCGCCGUGCUUGUCCGCUCAGUCGCUAAGGACUACCUUCCCCAAGAGCUCCGCGACUACGUUUACCUCAAACUCAAGACCUUCCUCGCCUCCUGCAGUUCGGAGAUCACCUUAGUCAUCGAAGAAUAUGACGGUCUCAAACAAAACCAUCUUUACAAAGCCGCCGAGCUCUACCUCGUACAAACAAUCCCUCCCUCCGCGAAACGAAUCAGGGUUUCCAUUCCCAAGAAAGAAGACAAAAUUUCAGUAUCCCUUGGAGAUAGGGAGGAGAUCGUCGAAAAUUUUCAUGGGGUUCAACUGAAAUGGAAAUUUGCGUUGAAAAAGGUCCCCUUAAAGCGUAUGCCGAGCUCUGAUCCUUACGAGUUUUCAUUUCUAUCUGAGGUUAGAAAAUUCGAGCUCAGAUUCCACAAGAAACACCAGAAAAUGGUCUUGGAGACCUAUCUGCAUCAUAUUCUAAAAAAAGCUGAGGAAUUGCAGGAGAAGAAGAAAACCCUGAAACUGUUUACCUUAAGGAAUGACAGGACAUAUCCAACGAGAGAUAUGUGGCAAUCGGUAAAUCUUGAUCAUCCGGCGACUUUUGAUACUCUGGCUAUGGAAUCGGAGCUGAAGAAGAUGAUAAUGGAGGAUCUGGAGAGGUUUGUGAAAAGGAAGGAGUUUUAUAGGAGGGUAGGGAAAGCAUGGAAAAGAGGGUAUUUGUUGUUUGGACCUCCUGGGACAGGGAAGUCUAGCUUGAUUGCAGCCAUGGCUAAUUAUCUUAAUUUUGACAUAUAUGACUUGGAAUUGACUGAUGUUAGAACUAAUUCUCAGCUAAGGAAGUUGAUGAUUUCGACAGGGAAUAAAUCGAUACUGGUGGUGGAGGAUAUCGACUGUUCCAUCGAGUUACAUAAUAGACGUGCUGAGCGCAGGAAGGCUAAAAUGGCUGCUGCUUCAGCACCUAAGCACUACGAUGAAGAACCAAAGCCUCAGGUUACGCUUUCAGGAUUAUUGAACUUCGUAGAUGGGUUAUGGUCAAGUUGUGGGGAUGAAAGAAUUAUAGUGUUUACUACAAAUCACAAAGACAAGCUUGAUCCGGCUCUGCUGCGUCCUGGUCGUAUGGAUAUGCACGUCCACAUGUCCUACUGCACGCCCUGCAGUUUCAAAUUGCUUGCUUCCAACUACCUGGGAAUUACAGAGCAUCCGUUGUUCUUAAGCAUAGAAGAGUUGCUGGAGAUAAAGAAGGUGACUCCAGCGGAAGUUGGUGAGCAGCUGAUGAAGGAUGAGGUUCCAGAAGUUGCCUUAAGAGGUCUCAUUGAGUUUCUAGAGAACAAGCAUGGAGAAGGCCACGAAGAGGGUAGUGAGGUAGCAUCUGUCGUAGGGGACAAGGUAGGGGAAGCUAGAAUGCACACUAAAAUAAGGAUAGGGUGAAGAAAAUCUUGAGAAUGCUGCUGAAUUGGUAAAUAUGUGCUGCUAGAGAAAUGCUUACCCUGUACUAUCAUGGUCCUGUCUUGUUGGAUUCUAGUUUGAAAUAAAGGCGUUAAAAGGCAUUUGUUUCUACAGCAUGAGACCAUGCAUUAUCCUGCAUGGAACAGUAUAAAAUCUAGUAUCAUUU